UAAUCUUCACAUACUGUAUAUAAAGCAUUGUAAAGUGUCAUUGAGUCAUUCCCAUCAUUGAUGUUUUCUAACAAAAUGUGCUUGCAACGCGGUGUUAACUGUGGUGAAAUCUGAUCUAAAUACAUAUUUUAUGGCUGAUAUAAUGUUUGUUUAUUUUUGCAUACAUGUCAAAUGCACUUACAAACAUGUCUUGUUUAAAAUUGCCAUAUAUUUUCUUGCUCUUUGUACUGUGUCAAAAUAGUACAAUACUAUCCUACUUAAAUAUGUGAUAUCAAAUAUACAUAGGUCAAAUGUAGAUGUAAUCAAAAAGUACUCAUAUUACAUUACACAAAAUGUGUAAUCUAACAGAUAAGGUUACUGACUACAAAUUUUGGCAUGUAGUUUGUAAUCAGUAACUGAUUUCAAUUCUUAUGUAAUCUACCCAGAGCUGGAUAUAUACAAUAUUUCCAUUUAAAGUGGAAGAUGGUUAAGGUGGUAGUGAAAUAGGUAGGUCUAAAACAGAAGAGACCUAAAAAGAAAAAAGGUUGUUAUUUAAUAUUUUUCUGAAGAUGUGAUGAGUUGAUUGGGAUGAGGUUAGAAGUGCUGGAAAAUUUGUAGUGUUUGGUGUGCCUUCAGGAACAUAUUUGGGGAACAUUGACUGUGCCUUUUUGUUUGGUAAAAUACAGUAAAAAUGUGUACAAAUAAGUAUGAGAAUCAUGAUUUAAAAGGAGUGCAAAGUGAGUUUAACUUAUAGUACAUUAAUCAAAUUUCUGUUGUGUAGGUCUACUGUAAAGUGUUUGGGCAAGAUUUGGUAGGCCUACUUUAAAGUAUUUGUAUGUCUGUUAAUGACCCUUAAACCACAAAGGCUAUAAACAAAAUGAUAUUUCCCCUGAAUCAAGUUAAUAGGGGCCAAGCACCGAGGUGCAAGGACCCUAUUGUUCUUCAAUGAGUCAUUGAUGUCUUUCAGGUAUGAAGUUUUUCCUCUAUUUGAUAAAUACACUUUAAAUCUAGAUAUCAUAUUGUUUUUAAAUGAUGAUGAUGUAUGGUUUCAACUAUUCAGCACAUUGGUGAACAUUGUUGUGUUUAAUGGUGAUACAGAAAUAAAUUGACUUUGAAUAGCCACAAGGUGGCGCUGUGAUCCACCUUGUUUUGUCAGUGCCAAACAAUGGAUUAUGUAAAAAAAUUGCACAAUAAAUACUUUAUGGACAACACAUAAGAGAGGCCAUACACUGACUUUAUGCAAGGCAUUUUUUCAUUUACAUCAUGUGACUAAAUACGUGAAGAGAAUCUGUAAGAUUGUACUGUUUAUGCCAUGUGUUGCUAUACUAUUGAAUAAAUGUGUCUUUGGUUAAUAUAUUUGGAUAAAAUGAAGAUAACACAUUUGUUUAUCACGGUAAAUAGAAAAUAAUUGCACAUUGGUCUAUUUGAUUAAUGCAUCAUUUGAUGUAAUUUAACCAGGAACAAGAAGGAAUGGGUACAUUUACGAUGUUAUUUAUUUAUUAAGGCAGGAAAUGAAACGACACCAACGAAGAAGAACGAUAUCGUUUCCUCUUUCACCAUCCAUUUGAAGACGUAAUUGUGGUUUUGUAAAAGCUCUUGGAAACAUUUUUGUUUGUUUUAACGUUUUGGAUUUACCUAAAGUACACAGAAAACAAUCAAGAAGAUGUCAAGGGAAGAAACACCUGUUCCUCAGGACGUGCUGAGUGUUAUCUCUCAGAGCCUACAAUCAUUGGGUGCAGAGCUCAGACAGGCUGCUGCAGAUACACACUGUGAUCACUUUUACUUUCGACUGGAGAGCAUUGUCCAUGUUUUGUCAAGAUUUGUUGUGUAUGGACCACUGCAACACGAAGAUGAGAUAUUUUCCCAUUUAAAUGAUGCGUUACAUGAACUACAUGUCUUUUCUUUGCCAGUGCAAACUUGUGAAAGGUUUUUCUUUCUCAAUGAAGAGCAACUUAAAUAUUUACUGGACGAACAUUUCACUGUAAAAGAAAUUGCUGCAAUUUAUUCUGUAAGUCAACGAACAAUCCGGAACAGAAUGACCCAGUAUCAAUUAUCUGUGAGGCAGACUUACAGUGACAUCUCUGAUGAAGACUUAAAAAAGCAUUUGGUGGACUUUAUUUCCAGUUCUCCUAAUUCAGGACAAAAGAUGGUCAUGGGACAUCUUAAAGCCAGAGGUAUAAGGGUGCAGCAACGAAGAGUCCGUGAGGCGAUGAGAGCCAUUGAUCCGGUAGGGACUGUGCUACGGGGACUGGAACUAAAUAUUGUACCAAGACGACCUUAUUCAGUUCCAGCACCUCUCUCCCUCUGGCAUAUUGAUGGCAACCAUAAACUCAUCCGUUGGAGAAUAGUAAUUCAUGGGGGGAUUGAUGGCUUUAGUCGCAAAGUAAUGUUCCUGAAAGCCAGCAAUAAUAACAGGGCCUCAACUGUAUUGCACAGCUUCUUGGAAGCUGUGCGUGUUUAUGGUCUACCUCAGCGUGUCCGCAGCGACCAUGGUGGUGAAAAUAUAGAUGUUGCACGGUUCAUGCUCGAGCAUCCUGAUCGGGGACCUGAGCGCAAGAGCUACAUCACUGGCAAGAGUGUCCACAAUCAACGCAUAGAGAGGCUAUGGCGGGACUUAUGGUGCACAGUCAUCCAUAUAUACUAUGCAGCAUUCCGGCACCUGGAGGACAUUGGAGCUCUUGACCCAAACAAUGACGCUCACAUCACAUGUCUACAUUUUGUGAUGCUUCCAAGGCUCAACUGGCAUCUAAAGUUCUUCAGUGACACCUGGGACAGACAUCCCCUUUCUUCAGAGGGCAACAGGUCUCCCCAGCAGCUGUGGGUGGCAGGGCUACUUGUAGCACCACAACAGCUUCCUGUGGAGGGUGACAUGUCUGACUGGGGAAUUGAUUGGGAUGGACCAGUUCCUAUUGAGAACAUUGGGCAACAAACUGACAUUCCAAUACCGCAACCAGCCCUUCGAGAAAUGCUAGAGGCCCAGCUCCAGGGUAGCAUAGACCCUCUAAAAACCAGCACUGUUUUCGGUGUGGAUAUUUACCAGGAGGCACUGAUGGUGGCCAGAGGUCUUUUGGACCACAGUCAGUAAUGAACAAUCUGCCCACAUAAUAUUUGAUUACUUCUGCUUAGGAGGAUUUGGAUUCAGAACUUCAGAAUCACAUGAACUUAAAAAUCUUUCUCUCCCCACAAUCGUCCAUCAAUGUUGUUUGACAGCAAUAAGAAAUUGAAUUGUAAUAUAACAGUUCUUCUAUGUUACAGUAUUUAGUUUUAAAUCUAGAAUCAGAUUUUGUGAUCUAUGCUUUUACACAUGCA